GGCCCAGCGGCCGCGGCCAGGCCGCAUGCGCAGUGGGAGGAGCUGGCGGAUGAACGGCGGCUGGAGGAGAUGGGCCCAGUUGUCGGCGUGGCAUUGACGAAAUCCGGAUGUGUAAGUGACAUCGCGAGAGAUUUUAAGGACGUGUUGGUUUCUCGGCGGCGCGCACUUCAACGCUGUAAUUACCCAACAGUUUCGAGGCGGCUCCGGGACCUUUUGCAAAGUGACGAACGCAAUGCACCAGCCGGCUGAGGAUUGCACAUUUGGCGACUGAAAGGGAUCGGAUACUUCGUGCAGAAUUUGGGGUGAAACAGAAAAUGGAGGAAAGUCUCGACUCUCUUGAGCUGUUCGUCCUACCUGUCGGCAAGCUGGCUUCGUGGACAGCGGCCGCAGCAAUGGUGUUUGGUGGGAUGUUGCCCUACAUUCCUCAAUACAGGGACAUCAAACGCACCCAGAAUGCAGAGGGCUUCUCCACCUACGUUUGCUUGGUGUUGCUUGUGGCCAAUAUAUUAAGAAUAUUAUUUUGGUUUGGAAGGUACUUUGAGCCACCCCUCUUGUUGCAAAGUAUUAUCAUGAUCAUUACCAUGUUAGUGAUGUUGAAGCUAUGUACCGCUGUCCGAAUGACCAAUGAACUCUCAACACGACGCCGAGCCUUUUCAGACAGUAACGAUGAAGAAAUCAAAACUCCCAGGAAGUUCUUUCUGGACUUUGAUCUACAAUACUUCUGGCUGUGGAGCAGAUUCAUUGAUUAUAUCCAGUGUGUAUUGACUUUCACUGUUGUUGCUGCAUAUAUAACCUACCUCCUUAUUGACUCUUCACUCUUUGUGGAAACGCUUGGUUUCUUUGCUGUCUUCACGGAAGCCAUGCUGGGCACGCCACAGUUGUACCACAACUAUGAGAACAAAUCCACAGAAGGAAUGAGUAUCACUAUGGUGUUGAUGUGGGCAAGCGGUGACACUUUCAAGACUGCUUACUUCAUUCUGAAUCAGUCACCUUUCCAAUUCUGGAUAUGUGGAUUGCUCCAAGUUUGUGUCGAUAUUACUAUUCUCUUUCAAGCUUACUAUUACGAGCGUUACCCUCAGAAGCCAUCUUCACACACCGUCCCUUUCACAAGCACCAAGGCACUUUAACACCCACACUAUUUAACAGGAGCAUCAAAUGAGCAACUCUUGGAAAGGGCAUCAGAGUCCCUACAAUUGAACCAGUGCCAGUAACGUAAUAUUGGUUCUCAGGAUGCAGAAAGGAUUUCAAAGUUGCUUUCUGGGAAAGAGGUUUACAUGGUUAAACAAUGGAUUGUCUUUGAUUAUUUAUAUAUUCUAUUAUGCUUAAUUUAACCAUUGUCUUUAGAUUAGUUGGUCUAAAUGCCUUACCCAUAUGUAUUGUUUCUGGGACAUUUUUGUUUUCUGGGACUUUUUUUCCCCCACUGGUGUUUUGUAAGUCUACCUUUGUUACAGUAUUGUGAUCUGAGAACCAGUUGUUAAAUCUUUUGCAUACAUCCAAAGAGUCGUACAUUCAGGACUUGCUUUAAAACAAUUACGUUUUAUGAUUCAUUUUCUUUUAAUGUGACCACAUGUUCUUCAAAAAAAUUAGAAGAAACUUGCAGGAAGGGACUGAAGUUACAUUCAUGCUUGCAUGUCCAAGUAAACUGGGUUAAUUUGUCAGUGAUAACUACUUAAAACUAGAUCCACAAGUUAUUAGUAAUCUUCAAGAAGUAUUUUGGAGAUCAAGGUGCCAGUUUCACUUGAUUAUAAUUGGCUGCUACAGCAAUAUUGUCCAUUGGAGCUGGACACCCUGGGGUGAAGGAGAAAGGUUGGACAUUAAUUUAUGCUUGGGAUCCUCUCCACAGAGAUCACAACAGUUGCAAUAUCAGGUGCUUAUCUAGGGUGAAUUCCCUGAGGGCCAUUCGGAACAGUUUUGGAAUAACAUUCGGGAAAGACCAGGGGUAGCUCAGAUAUUUAUUCAAAUAUGGAUGAUAGGAGCUCACAGGAGAAGGGAAGAAGCAGGAAAAAAUUAUACAUACUCAGCAAUGAAAUAGGUUUUGAUAAAAAAUGGUAAUGAAAUUAUCCAUUACUUUUAAUGAAAAGAUGCAUACUGAAAGUAUUCGAUGAUGCAGACACUGUUUUCCCCUUUCAGCAGAUGUAUUGCCAUGUUCACAGAUCAAAUUUGAAUCAGAAUGUAGGGUUUAUUUUUAAACAGUUGCUUUAAUUUGCUUGGCAUCUACCCACCUUCGGUGUUCAAAUCAGUGCUGAAAUAUGCCUACAUUUAGCAGGAAAUAGCAUUGUUCCAAGAAAGCAUUUCCAUGUAGGAAAUAAAACAAUAAACCAUUUGGAUGCAUAUCCAGGUAGAGCUUCCUGUGCCAUAUUGCAUUAUGAGUCACUAGCUCCUGGUGUUCUAAUGUUUUCUUCUGGGCGAGUCCUGGUUAGUCUCCUGGUAUCAUAAAUUGCUUUCCCCAUUGCAAGGUAAUUCUUCAUCAGGCUGCUGCGUGGAAAUUACAAGGGUAGUCUUCACACUGGUAGGCCAUUUGAGCCACAGAGCAACUUUUACCGAUCUGAUUGAAAUUGAAUGAUCCAAUCCAUUACCUACAAAAAGUCAGUAUGUUCUCACCGAUUGCUGAAUGAAAUUGAUCUUUCCAGAAUAUUUUAAGCAAUGAGUUGGUAUCAAUGAAUGCCUACCCCUCAGUGUUUAAAUAGAAAUGUGAAAUUACAACUCUGCAUUUAACCAGCUUCCUUUGAUUUACUUCAACUAAUUUCUGAUCAUUAUGUAAAUGUAUUAAUCUAAGCCACAUUUUGUUUGAGCAAUUAUGUUAAAAAAAUUAGUUGGGUUGCAUACACAGGAUUCCAUCAAGCUGUGAAAUUAUAUUUUCUCAAUCUGAAGUUAAACAAUGGCUGGGAGAAAAUUUACCAAGACAUGUAAUAAGUUUAAUACAGCUGCUACAGAACUAUUCCUUUGGGUGAUCACCCUUGGGCUGUGUACAGCAACAAAUGAGAAUUGUACCAUUAAAGGCACUUACUAUUUACAGCCAUCACUCUCUACGUUUUGCUCAGGAACUAUUCAGUGGACGUUGUCACUGCAUGACAUUUGUUCUACAAGAGGUUUGGUCUUUCUGACCCAUAGCUGGUCAUCACAGUUUGCUUUGGGCCUAAGUGACCUUACAAACGAAAUGUAAACAAGAACUUUUUAAGCCAAGUUGCCUGUUCUUGUAUGUUCGGACAGCAGCAUGUAUUUUCAUCAAUUAAAUGUUAAAUGCUGGCCUUUCCACCUUGAUUAUCAAACAUUUAAAUUUUAUAAAAUAUUUUCUUAAGAAUAUGCAUUUCAAAAUCAAAAAUCAAGAACAAUUUCACAUUUGUGUAUGCAUUAACUGCACUAUUAACAAGAGAGUGAUGAUGGUUACUCUGCUGAAGCCAGGUUGCGCACUUUCUCACUGGUGUUCUGAGUAAACUCUGCAUACCUUAAUGACCCAAAUGCUGCAGUCAACAUCUGCUAAAUGCAACAUUGCCAUGUUAAGACUUACACAGAUCUUUUCCAUUUGUUUGUGUGGUUUGUAGCAUUUGUCUUCAGCCACCAUGAGGUAGUGGUACAACAUGUAGCCUGCUGUUCUCACUUAACAAAAUGUGUCAGUCUUUGGUAGUGGCUGAUCGGCCCAUGGGUGCAGUAAUCUCAAUUAUGUUUACAGAAUGUUUUGUGCCUGAUUGGUGUUCUGCUAAAUGGCAUGGAAGUAUUUACUUUAGGACAUGGUAAGAACGGUACGUCUUGGCUGGUCAUGAAAUAAUUGAAUAUAGUUUAUUGAUUUUUUUUACAGGUUACUUAGUGUACUUUCAUAUUUUGUUUAGUAUUUGUAUCUGUAAAUCUUUGAAUAUUAGCAUCUUUUGUAUUAUGUCACGUGUACCAUAAAAGUAAAAGACUUUGUUCAUUGCCAAAAGAAACCAGAUGAAAGCACUAAACCGGCACAAUAAUGUUCCACAAUACAACCAGCCUUUACGAAGAUCCUUAAACAUAUGCUGCCAUUUAACAUUGUAUUUAGGUGCUUUGUCAUUUAUGGAUGAAUUAUAAGGCUGUUGAAGGAAACAUGAACAUUUGAUAAAAUUUGAAGUGCAUACAUUAACCUACUCUCUGUAUUCAUGUAUUAAGCUCAACACUAAAUAAAAGUAUUUGGAACUAA